AAUGUGAAUCAAUGUUAUUCCCCUUCCAGCUGAAGGGCAGCUGAGGUUACAAAGGGAUUUGACUAAUAGGUCAAAAACCCCUUUAGGUUUGCUGAGAACCAAGGGACAGCAAGGAGAAGAAAUGGGAAGUUGGGGGUGGGGGGAGAAGGAGUUACUGUAUUUAAUUAUGUUGCUGUGGAUAAAUUCAAACAGCUUUCUCAAUAUCUUCAUCAUAAUGCAGUCAUUAGUGGAAAGGAGAGAGAUGGCCCCCUGCCAGGCCAUCCAGAGAGAGGCAGCUGUGAACUGGUUCUGCUGGACUAUUCAAGCUUCCUUCUGUUUAUUGAGGACUCCUUCAGGCUGCAGGGCAUGGUUUGGUGAAGUUUUUUUGGUUUACUAAAUCAGUAGCUGUUCACCUGAGAACCUCAGAUAACAGACCUUUGUGAUGCAAUAAGAGGAUGUAGGAGAGUUAAACCCCACUUUCAUGAAAUUCUCUGGUGCAUUGUAGCAGUUUGGAUGAUCUUUGAGGGGAACCAAAAGAAAAUAGAUUAGAUAAAUGAAGAAGGGAAAAGGAGGAAAAGCAAAUACUAAACCUCAGUGGCUUUUUUCCCCUGCUGUCAUUCCAGCUGUAGCCUGGGAUUAAUUAAGUGUUGUGAACUCAGUGCCUGAGAGAGAGCGGGGGAAAUGCAUUCUAUCUCUAAGGAAGAAGUACAGUAACUGAGAUCGCUCACCAGUGAGGAGUCUUGGGAAGUAAAUCUCUCCUCAGAGUUUGUUGAAAGACUAAAGGGGCAGUGCUGCUGCCUGCCCUGCAGGGCUGGAGAAACCUUCCCUUUCAGUCGCUGGACAUGAUUUUUCUCGUGUUCGUUUUCUCGUCCCCGUGAAGAAGCUUCCUUCUGGCUGCGGCAGCGGCAGCAGCACCUCUGGAGAACAGGGCAGAAUGCCUGUGCUAGAUCGAUGUUUUAACUCGGCAGAGCUGGGCAGAAGGUGGACUCCGCGGGAAGGUCUGCUGCCCUCUUCCAUGGGCAGCCGGCCAGACUAUCAGCAGGGACCAUUGACCUGGGAGCUGCCAGAGAUGAUCAGGAUGGUAAAGCUUGUUUGGAAAUCCAAAAGUGAGCUGCAGGGGACCAAACAAAGAGGGCUUCUGGAAGCCGAAGAUGCUGUCAACAGCUUCUCAGGAGAUGUACGAAUAAGAGGUCAGACAGGAGUUCCUGCGGAACGCCGUGGCUCCUACCCAUUCAUUGACUUCCGCCUUCUUAACAACACAGCACACUCAGGGGAAAUUGGUACCAAGAAGAAAGUAAAAAGAUUGCUGAGCUUUCAAAGAUAUUUCCAUGCAUCCCGGCUACUCCGAGGAGCUAUACCUCCAACCCCUCUGCACUUCCUGGAUGAAGAUUACCUGGGCCAAGCAAGGCAUAUGCUCUCCAAAGUGGGAACGUGGGAUUUUGACAUCUUCUUAUUUGAUCGCUUGACAAAUGGAAACAGCCUGGUCACGUUGCUGUGCCACCUCUUCAACACCCAUGGUCUUAUUCAUCAUUUUCAGUUAGACAUGGUGACCUUACAUAAGUUUUUAGUUAUGGUUCAAGAAGAUUACCAUAGCCAAAAUCCUUAUCAUAAUGCUGUCCACGCAGCUGACGUCACCCAGGCCAUGCACUGCUUUCUAAUGGAGCCUAAGCUCAGCAGCUUCCUCACACCACUGGACAUUAUGCUUGGACUGCUAUCAGCUGCAGCCCAUGAUGUAGACCACCCAGGGGUGAACCAACCAUUUUUGAUCAAGACUAAUCACUAUCUUUGCAGUCUAUAUCAGAAUGAGUCUGUGCUGGAGAAUCACCAUUGGCGAUCUACAAUUGGCAUGCUUCGAGAAUCAAGGCUCCUUGCACAUUUGCCAAAGGAAAUGACACAGGAUAUUGAACAACAGCUGGGUUCCCUCAUCAAGGCCACGGACAUCAACCGGCAGAAUGAAUUCCUGACCCACUUGAGAGAUCAGCUCAACAAUCAGAAUUUGAGAUUGGAAGAUGCUGAGGACCGACAUUUUAUGCUUCAGAUCGCGCUGAAGUGUGCUGACAUUUGCAAUCCUUGUAGGAUCUGGGAGCUGAGCAAACAGUGGAGUGAAAGGGUCUGUGAGGAGUUCUAUAGGCAAGGUCACCUCGAGCAGAAAUUCGAAAUGGAAAUAAGUCCUUUGUGUAAUCAACAGAAAGAUUCAAUCCCUAGUAUACAAAUUGGUUUUAUGACCCAUAUUGCUGAACCACUCUUCAAGGAAUGGUCCCAUUUUACAGAAAACAGUCCACUGGCUGAAAAUAUGCUAAGCAAUCUCACAAGGAACCUGGUCAAUUGGAAAAGUUUACAACACACACAACCCAGCAGUGGUGGUGACAGUCAUAGCAACAAGAUCAAUGAACAAACAGACCAAGGGACUGAAAAUGAAGAGCAGACUACAAAUGAAGGAGACACUCCAUAAUAGGAGCCCUGCCCUCUUCCCUUUGACACUGCGAUCUUCUCUCUGCUAGUCAGGAUGAAGUUUGAAAUCUCAGUGUGCACAGGGGCCAUCAAGAAUAUGAAAGGAAACAGAAUCUCUAAGGGUGUCCUUGUCAAUAAACCCAGACUGUUUCUGGGUUUUUGUUCCUGUGCUCUUUUGAUCCCGUCCAUCCCCAUUUUUCUAAGUAUAUCAAAGCCAUUUGUCACUUCUGAUCAUUAGCUGCUUGAGUGAGGAACUCCGUUCAAUAAGUGCCGAGACUGGUCCCAGGAACAGGCUUUGCAACUAUCAGGGGAAGAUUGGAGAUAAAGGAAGGCAUUCUUGGCCACAAACUCCAUUUGCCCUUGGUCAUACUGUGACAUGCAGCAGUUCAUAGGUCCAGAGCACUGGACAGUUUUUUUAAAAUCUGGCCAUUGAGCUGCACAAUAAACCACCAGCAAAUCUGGAACUCA